UCUAUACAAACAAACUUUAGCUCCCAGUUAGGAUGGAAACUGUCGCAGUACUGAUCGUAGGAGCCGGGCCUUCUGGCCUCGCAAUUUCAGCUUGCUUAACCCUUCACUCCAUACCCUUUAUCAUUCUUGAGAGAGAAGAUUGUUACGCUUCUCUUUGGAAGAAGAGAACCUAUGAUCGCUUAAGUCUCCAUUUGGCCAAAGAAUUUUGCCACUUACCUUUUGCGAAACACCCCAGAACAGCAAAAACUUAUAUCUCGAAGGAUGCUUUUCUUCGAUACAUAGAUGAUUACGUCUCCCAUUUCAAAAUUAACCCUCGCUACCACCGCUCUGUUGAAUCUGCCGAGCUUGACAAAGUUCAAGGGAAAUGGCGGAUUGAGGCUCACAACACCAUAGAUGAGAAGAUGGAAGUUUAUUUUGCGAAUUUCUUGGUGGUUGCGUCUGGUGAGAAUAGUGAGGGUUACAUUCCUGAUAUACCCGGUUUGGAUGGCUUUCAAGGAGAGAUAGUACAUUCCAGCCAUUACAAAUCGGGUUUGAAAUAUCAAAACAAGGACGUUUUGGUUGUUGGAUGUGGUAACUCAGGAAUGGAGAUUGCUUAUGAUCUCUCCAAUUACCAUGCCCGAACAUCCAUUGUAGUUCGAAGUCCUUUUCACGUGCUCACCAAAGGAAUGGUACAUCUAGGAAUGUCUCUACUGAAAUGGUUUUCAGUUGACACGGUGGAUAAAGUGACCUUGUUGCUAGCAAGAUUCAUAUAUGGCAACCUAUCCAAGUAUGGGAUUCAUCAACCAAAAUUAGGCCCAUUCUUUCAAAAAAUCUUAACUGGAAGAUCUCCUGUCAUCGAUGUUGGGACUGUCAAAAAGAUCAAAUCAGGAGAGAUAAAGGUUCUCCCGGAGAUCUCGAGAAUUAAUGGAAACAAUGUGGUGUUCGAUGAUAGCAAGGAAAUAAAGUUUGAUGCGAUAGUUUUCGCGACUGGUUAUAAAAGCACGGUUACUCGUUGGCUUAAGGAUUAUAAAUAUAUUAUGAAUGAGGAUGGAAUGCCAAAAGAGAGUUUCCCAUCUCACUGGAAGGGAGAGAAUGGCCUACAUUGUGCUGGUUUUUCAAGGAGAGGACUUUCUGGAAUAACUACGGAUGCAAUGGCUAUAGCCGACGAUAUUAACAAGGUUUAUACCAGCAAAAAGUAGAAGAGCGCUCCACCAACUGCACGUAGUACUUCACCAUGUGUCGUUCACCAUGCAGCUAGCAGUAUACUGUCUUGGAACGUCUCUUUGCAUGUGUGUCAUGUUAUCAGUAGUUAUUAUGAAAACUUAAAACAAAGUCGUUUAAAUUUCAUCAUGUCGUUCUUUUAUCUUAGUUUUUAGUAGGUAAUCUAAAUUUCA